AUGCUCCGAACAGUCAAACCUCGCAAUGCCCGCUCCAAGCGGGCUCUCGAGAAGCGCGAACCCAAGGCCAUCGAGAACCCAAAGACCUGCCUCUUCCUCCGGGGAACGACCUGCUCCCAGGUGACACAGGAUGCCCUGACCGAGCUUCACUCCAUGCGCCAGCCCCUGGCCAAGAAGUUCACCAAGAAGAACGCCAUCCACCCCUUCGAGGACCCCGCCUCGCUCGAGUUCUUCUCUGAGAAGAACGACACCAGCCUGCUCGUCUUCGGCUCCAGCAGCAAGAAGCGCCCGCACACCCUGACCCUCGUCCGCACCUUCGCCUUCAAGGUCUUCGACAUGCUCGAGCUCUCCCUCGACCCGGAGACCUUCCGCGGCCUGACGCAGUUCAAGACCAAGAAGUUCGCCGUCGGCCUGCGGCCCAUGCUCCUCUUCGCGGGCACCGCCUUCGAGAGCCCCGUCGCCAACGAGUUCACGCAGGCCAAGAGCUUCUUCGUCGACUUCUUCAAGGGCGAGCCCUCGGACAAGAUCGACGUCGAGGGCCUGCAGUACGUCGUCUCCAUCACCGCCGAGGAGACGGCCGGCGAGGGCGACGCCAAGCCCGCCAUCCACCUGCGCACCUACCUCAUCCGCACCAAGCGCAGCGGGCAGCGGCUCCCCCGCGUGGAGGUCGAGGAGAUGGGCCCCCGCAUGGACUUUCGUGUCGGUCGUUUCAGGGAGCCCGAUGAGGCCACGCGCAAGGAGGCCAUGAGGAAGGCCCGUGGAUUGGAGGAGAGGACCAAGAAGAACAUCACCACUGACUCAAUGGGUGACAAGCUUGGUCGCGUCCACGUUGGCAAGCAAGAUCUCAAGGACUUGCAGACAAGAAAGAUGAAGGGUCUGAAGAGGAGUAGGGACGAGGACAUUGAGGCAGAGAUCGAGGAAGAUGACACAAAGAGGAUACGUCAGUAA